CGGAGAACCUCCACCGACGUGGUGCAUGAUAUGAUGACGAAGGUCCACCCGAGCGCCGCAGCCUGUUGCGCCACCGGCGAGGACGUCGGCCGGAACGGUUUCGGUGUUAAGGUGCUGACGGUGUGGCGGAAGUCGCUGCUGUUCAGCUGCAGAGGGUUCACGGUGUUUGAUGCCGAGGGAAGCUUGGUCUUCCGAGUCGACACCUACGGGUCUGGGAGUACGGGGGAGGUCGUGCUCAUGGACGCUGCGGGAAAGCCACUGCUAACCCUCCGGCGAAAGAAGCUGAGUCUUGGGGAGAAGUGGCUGGUUUACGACGGCGAGGAUGCCGUCAACCCUCUCUGCUCCGUCAAGAAGCACGUGAGCCUUUUGCAUUCCAGGGCGCUCGCUCACGUGACACCGUGCCGCCGCGGCGGGGGCGGCGCAUACGGCUACGAGGUGGAGGGAUCGUACGCGCGGCGGAGCUGCGCCGUGUACGAUCGGCGGCGGCGGAGGGUGGCGGAGAUCCGGGAGAAGGAACCUGUGGGAGGCGUGGCGUUCGGGGGCGACGUGUUCCGCCUCGUGGUCCAGUCCGAUCUCGACACGCGUCUCGCCAUGGCCAUCGUCAUCGUCCUUGAUUACAUGUUCAGAUAAGAAUCAACAGCUGAGAUCUUAAGAUGGAAUGGAGGCCAUUGCAUGAUUUGAUGACGCAUGCCAAUUCAGAAGAUAUUUUCUCUUUCAAUCUUUUUUUUUUCUUUUCCCAAAGAUGGAGCCUUUUUAUCUAGCCAUGGUUUUCUUUUAUUAUCAAACCAUGAACUACUAAAAGGCAAGAAAAAAAAAAUUGGUGUAAACAAUUCCAAUUUCAAUGAAAGAUUAUUUGGGAUGGGCAAA